AUGCCGCCUGUCGCCGACGACGACGACGCCGGCGUCAUGGGCCUCACCCACGUCGACCCCUCGCCCGUCGACGAGACGCCCGUCGAGUACAAGGAAGGCUACUUCCCGCCUGCGCAGGCCGCGCGCGCGACCACGCUGGGCCUGGGGCACCACGGGCCUGCAUACUACCUAACCCGCAUCCAGCGAUACUCGUCCUACGCCUUCACCGUCUUCGCCGCGCUGCACCUCACCAACACGUCCCUCGUCCCGCUCCUCGCGCGCUCCGUCCCAGAAGCCAACCGCUACCUGCUGCUCACCCGGCCGUACUACCAGUCCGCCGUCGCCGAGCCGCUGCUCGUCGCGCUGCCCCUCGCCGCCCACGUCGCGUCGGGCGUCGCCCUGCGCUUCUACCGCCGCCGCCAGGCCCUCGAGCGCUACGGCGCCGAGACGCACACCGACAGGAAGACGAUCCCGUGGCCGAGCCUCAGCGGGACGAGCGCGCUGGGCUACGCCCUCGUGCCGCUCGCGGGCUUCCACGUGUGGACGGCGCGCAUCCUCCCGCCGUACAUGCACGGCGACAACAGCAUGAUCUCGCUGUCGUACAUCAGCCACGGCUUCGCGCUGCACCCGCUCGUGUCCUUUGGCGGCUUCAUCGCCUUGGUGAGCGUCGGGACGUGGCACUUUGCGUGGGGGUGGGCCAAGUGGCUGGGAUACACGCCCGCGCAGGCCUCGCCCACCGAGUCGCGGCGCCACCUCACCAGGAAGCGGCGCUGGUAUGCCAUCAACGGCGUCUCGCUCGCGCUGACGGGGCUCUGGCUGGCGGGCAGCCUGGGCAUCGUGGGGCGGGGCGGGAAGACGGGCGGCUGGAUCGGCCGCGAGUUUGACGAGCUGUACAAUGCGAUGCCGUUGAUCAGAUGGUAG